AUGGCACACGUUGACGGGCUGAGACAAGCGGUCGACGACACCACCGCCUACGACAAGUCCGUCGAAUCUCAACUUGCCGAGCGUCUUGAGAUUUUUACGGCUCUGUCGACGGUAGACAGCGUCCGGUUUAUGCAGCAGACAGACGAUCAAACUCGAAAAAUAAUUCGACAUUUGAAGUCGCCAAACGAACGACCCAGAGACGAGGAAGCGGAGGUAAACAACUACGAGCUGCACGACGGAAUCCUGUAUUGGAAUUAUCGUGGACAAGCGUUACUCAUGCCAAAAUCAAUGCCAAAAGGGGUCGUGAUGUCCGCGCAUGACUACGGUGGACACUUUUCGGUCGAUAGGACGUUAGCACUGAUAACUCGAGAUCACUGGUUUUUGUGCAUUCGGAGAUAUGUGAGCCAACACAUUAAAAUGUGGCUAGACUGUUUUACGCAUCAACGUCCAGCUGGUAAGCAGGCAGGGCUGCUACAUUCGAAACCACCUGGGCGGCGACCGUUCCAAAUAGUAUACACAUAG